AUGGAAAUGUUCCAUGGCGGAGAAAGAUGGCGUGUCGAGAUAAAAAUUGAAUGGGUGUGCCCAUGCCAUUGUUUCCCACAGCCACACUCUGGAGACUUGGAGCACUACGUCUUACUCACUGAAUUACCCCGUUCCACGCUUAAACCUUCUCAUGCCAUGGGUACCCUUUUUAGGACCUGGUUCCAGUGCUACAGUGGUCUCUAUUCAGCACCGACAAAUACUCUGGUCAGAAGGCUUCCACCCUGGUCAGUACCUGAGGGCGACCCUUACAAGGCCUGGAUAGCUCAGUCGGUAGAGCAUCAGACUUUUAAUCUGAGGGUCCAGGGUUCAAAGCCUGGUGUAAGGAGGAUUCUCAUUGGCCGCAGUGACCUGGUCUAUCUCUAUGUUGGCAGCCAUAUCGUAUUAGAGCUGUCCUCUAUUUGUCGAGUCCUUCCUUCCUCGCCGACAAUUCCUUUAUUGCAGGCGCCAUUGUUCUCAGCAAGGGAUGAAAAUAACUUUUUGGUUUAA